AAUGCGGCCAUUGUGAUUGGUGGAGAAAUGAAACUGUUUCUGCUACUGGGUGCUCAAACCAAGCAAACAUGUUAUUUAAAGAUUACUUACUGGCACUCGACACCGACAGUUGACUCAAGUUCUCUUCGGUUCUUCGAGAGGAUUCCUCAUGUACCGCUGAAAUGUCAUUAAAGUUGAAUCCAAUUAAGUCUUUCAAAUUGGAGCUGGAUAGUGAGGGAGAUGCUGCCUUCACCGGAGGAGAGGUGGUGUCCGGCCAAGUGGUAUUGGAGCUCCAUCGGGACACCAAGGUGCACGCCAUGAAGGUGCAGGGACGAGGUGUAGCUACAGCGCACUGGCUGGAGAACCGUGGCAUGAACUCUGUCUAUAAUGACUACACCUCCAGGUUUACCUACUUCAGGAAGAGACAGCAUCUGAUCCGAGGCCUCCAACCGAAACUGCACAACAGUCUCAACUUUAAACCAGCAAGCGCAACAUCAUCUUCAUCCCACAACACCGAAAGGAAUAACUUAAGACGAGUAGCAACAAUGAUUUUCGACAAGUUGAAAAAGUUGGACAUCGUCUUCGACGCUGCGGACGUGGACUGUCCCCCCGUGUACAGCAGCGGGGACGUGGUGUCCGGCCGGGUGUUGCUGGAGCUCACCGGGGAGAGUCGCGUGGACUCACUGAAGCUCCACGCUGAAGGUUUUGCCAAAGUGCACUGGACCGAGUCCCGUUCGGCCGGCUCCAGCACAGCUUAUACGCAGAACUAUAGCGACGAGGUGGAAUACUUGAACCGCAGAGAGGUGCUGCUGCAGGCAGAUAAUGGCGAAGUGACCAUCCUUCCUGCAGGCAGACAUGAAUUCCCAUUCAGCUUCCAGCUGCCAGAAGAGACGCUGGUCACCUCCUUUGAGGGGAAACACGGCAGCAUUCGUUACUGGGUCAAGGUCAAGCUGCAUCGACCCUGGGCCACGGUCAGGAAGAUCAAGAAGGAGUUUACCGUCAUUGAGCCCAUUGACAUCAACACCCCGGCGCUGCUGGCACCUCAGGCCGGCACGAAAGACAAGAUUGCACGGACUUGGUACCGAAACUUUGGAGAAGUGUCUGUUACUGCAAAGAUUGACCGCAAAGGUUAUACACCAGGCGAGGUCAUCCCCGUUUUUGCCGAGUUUGACAAUUCAACUUCCCGCUCGGUGGUGCCCAAAGCGUACAUCACUCAAACUCAGACGUUCAUCGCCCGCGGCACCAUGAAGCAGAAGUGCGCCGUGGUGGCCACGCUGAGCGGCGACGUGGUGGGCGCCAGGCGCAGGGAGACCUGGCACGGUCGGGCCAUCAAGAUCCCGCCCGUGGGUCCGUCCAUUCUGCAGUGCCGCAUCAUCAAAGUGGAAUACAUGCUCAAGGUGUGUGUGGAUGUCCCGGGAACCUCCAAGCUGUUUCUGGAGUUGCCCUUGGUCAUAGGCACCAUCCCGCUCCAUCCCUUUGGAAGCAGGACCUCCAGCGUCAGCAGCCAGUACAGCGUCAAUCUGGAGUGGCUGCGGAUGGCCAUCCCAGAGCAGCCUGAGCCUCCUCCGGAGUACAGCUCGGUGGUGGCGGAAGGAGAAGCAGAGCAGUGCGACAAUAACAACAACGCGGCGGCGGCGGAGGCGGCGACACCACCACCGCCGCCGGCCGAAGAUCUGAGUGGGAUCCUCGAGAGGCCCCUCAUGGCCUUUGUGCAGGAGUUCCGCUUCCGACCUCCGCCUGUGUACAGUGAGGUCGACCCCAAUCCUCAACCUUUGCACAUGAGGCCUCGCUGCAUGACGUGCUGAACUGCAAGAGCCUGCCUGAGUGUCAAGCAAUUUAGAUUCAUCUCGUGAAUCGAGAGAUUGGUCCGACUCGUCCUCUUUGAAAAGUGGCACCCGGUCGUACCGGCAGUCACUGAGAGACUGCGGCGAGCGCCACGGUCAAAGUUGACGCCGCCGCCGCCGCCGCCGCCGGGGGGACUUCGAGACGAAGGAGCAACCCCCUGCUUUGUUUCCAAUGAACUCUUUACGGUUCUGCUAAAAUGGAAGCGGCAGCGCUACAUCAGCGAUUUUUUUUUUCUUUCUCUCUCUUCUUUUAAAAAAUCCUGAUGAUAAGAGCUACAUCGAUUCCCCUCACCUGAAUGGAGAUCGAAGGAACACGUUGAAGGGGUGAGCUCACUUGUAUCGGCUGCUUCAAAGUGUCAAGUGCCUUGUUGUAAACGGACCUUUUUUUUUACAAUCAUACUGUCAACGGUGUCGAGAGAAGUGUUGCCAGUGCCUGUGAUGCUUUCUACUAUCCACCAAGCACAAAAAUGUUUUAUGCAUGCAGUAAAGAAAAAAGAAAGAGGCAAAAGGGAAAACGUUGUUAAAGAGGAAGUGAGGAAAGAUCGAACAAAAACUGUCGUAUUGUGCAAGCGUCAGAUAGCGGGUGCUGAGUUUUGUUUGCACAAAGCAGAAAGAAAUGGGCUGUUUGUUUAUAAAAGUGAACAAGGUUCAGUGUUAAGCUCCCAUAAAAAGGAGCCGCAAUGGUGUGCUUGCAAGCGUUUGAUGGGAGCCAGAUGCAGAUUUGGGAAGCUUAACCGGACCAGAUUUAAGACGAGUUUUAAUCUGGAGAUGCCUCUGGAGUGUAUGGACAAAGAACAUUCCAAAACCUGACUCUGGGAUUAUGACUUUUUCCUCAAUUUAAAAAAAAAAAAAAAAAAAGUCUUCAGGUUCAGCUGUGUCAUGCAUGAAAAAUGCAUCGAAUGUAUUUUUAUACAAUGUUAAAUCACAAUGUUGCCAAAGUUUCCUUAUUGUGGUUUUUCAAAUAAACAAUACCGAAUCAAAA